CCGGCUGGGGGGGCAAGGUGGGGAUCCUGCUGCAGAGGCAGGAGGGGAGGAGGGAGCUGGUGGCCAGGCUGCAUGAUUUGGGCCUGGCUUCUGGCAUUACUCAGGGCCAGGGGCAGCUCUGUUCCCUUCUGCAGCUUCCCCACCCGCAGAGCUGGGAGCCCAGCCACAAGAUCCAUACUAAGAAGCUCACGCGAGAAGCAAACCCGGCCCCUCCGCUCCAGCCCCCCUGGGUCCCCUCGGAGCCUCCCUGCCAUGGCCGAGAGCGGAGAGAACACCGUCGCCUGCCCGGUCAUCGCCGCCAACCCCCGCAUCAUCCGCGUCACGGUGAAAGCCCCCGCAGGGAAGGAGGAGUUUGUGGUGCCGGAGAACAGCAGCAUCAAGCAGCUGAAGGAGCAGAUCUCGAAGCGUUUCAAGUGCCAGCCCUGCCAGCUGGUGCUGGUGUGUGUGGGGCGGGUUUUGAAAGACCAGGACACGCUGAGGCAGCGGGGGAUCCAGGACGGGGUGACUGUCCACCUGGUCAUCCGGACGGCGAAGAGACCCCGGAACGAUUCGCUUACCCAUUAA